CAGCCCGGGGCGCUCGGGAGGGGCCGUGGUUCCACGCCCCGGGCCCGUGAGGCAGAGCCCCCCGCCCGGUGUCCGGGAGCAGCACGCGGCCGUCUCCCCGUUCUUUGUCUCUCUCCUCCUCGCUGUUCCCCAUCCCUCCCUCCCGAGCUGCCCCUCCCGUGGCCCGGAGCUUCGGUCCGCUUCCGUUAUCGGGGCUCCCUGCUCGGGUGGGGGCGGCCCCGCGCUGCGCUGCUCCGUAACAGCGCUCCGACCCCGGCGCUGCCCUGCCCCGUGCUGCGUGCGGCUGCCGCGGUGGAUGCGGUCGGUGAUAAACUAAUGGAAGGUCUUGUAAGAGAGAAUAGGAGGAACAAGAGGAGCGGCUGUUGCUGGACAGCUCAGAGGAAGGAUGCCAAGGCUUGCUGCUGCCCCUUUGAGCCGCCUUUGAGGUUGUGGAACACGCUUUCAUCCCGGUGAAUGCUCGGCUCAAAUGGGACAAUCUGUGGCAGCUGCUGCCCUGCCCUGCGCUGCUCGGUGGGGUGCUGGGGUCUCGCUGGAGGGCACAGUCCCAUCUCUGAGGCUGCUCCAGGCAUUGAGUCCCUGGUCCAUGUGCCCAGAUGGGCUCUGUGCAUUUUUUGGCUGCUCUUUAGGCAUUGGCUCUGCGAGAGUCAGCGGGCUGUGGCUGCAGGACUGUGCCAAUAAAAGGCCGUACGGUGUUACCUACCACACCAACGCUGCCCUUAAGUAAUGCUAAAUGAUGGUUAAUCCUGGGACAGAGGGACAUGAGGCGCAAAGAAUUUCACGCUGCCGUUUGGCUUUUAGGGCUGGAGGCGUGUAAGCGUCGCGUUUGCUUUUUUUAUGCCUGAGCAGGUGUGGCUGGGAGCAGCCAGCAGGCGCCGAUGAUGGCAUUUCGUUUCCCUUUUUAUCUCUGAGUCACAAACUUGCAGCGUGCAGUCUGCUGUCCCUUCUUUACCUCUCAGCUGCGAUGCAUCUGAGUGAAACCUGCUGCACGGGAGCGGCCGGGAUGCAUGCUCUGCAUCGGAUUGCAGCCUUUGCUGUGGCUGCUGUCGCUUCUUCCUUUGCUCUGUGCCCUGCCUGCCGCUGCUGCACCUGCAGGUUGGAAAGGAAAGGCUUUUGGUGACCUACAUCAUUCUCCCUGCAAAAUGGGAUGACUUCAGAAUGGCUCCCCACGUACAAAGGGAAGGUCGAUACCUGGCUCCGUGUCCCUGUGCUCUGCCAUCCAGAGCCUGGAAUGCAGACAGAGCGAUUGCUCUGCCCAAGGGGAGGAGGAGGAGGCAGUAACUUCUGCCAGGUUUGAGACCUCCGCUGCUCGGUGACUCUUCCUUUAAUUUGCAAAAUCAACUUCAAGUUAUUAAGGCAAAAGAAGAAAAAAAAAAAGCUUGUUGUGGUUUUCUUUCUUACGGCGUUUUGUGCUCAAAUCUGGUGCUGAUUUUGACAGCUCUUAUUUCUCCUUUGUGCCCAGACGUGCUGUGAGCCACGUGUUUCACUUCAAGAGCCCUGUAAUUUGGCUUAUUUUGCUUGUGAAGUGAUUACAUUGCACAGAACAUUCACCCUCGGAGCCAUAAGAUCUGCUGUCAGACCCGGAGCGCUGGCAGCGUGGCUGUAGGCUGCAGCACACCACUGAGUGACCCUGGGCCACGUGUGUCGGUGGGAGAAACCCUUCGGGUCGCUGCGGGGUCUGUGGCAACAUGCUGGAGCCCGCCUUGCCCUCCUUUUCCAGCAGACAGGGAUCUUGUGCAACCGGAGGCAGUGACAUUUGGUCCAACAGCCGCUGCCAAGAUCUUCUGAAUUUGGCUCUUGAUUAAAGCUGACAGAUAAUGGAAACAUUUCCUCGGCGAUGUCUCUGGGGCGACUCCUCCGACGUGCCUCCUCUAAAGCUUCUGACCUCCUGACCCUGAAUCCUGGUGGCAGCAGCACUUCCUCUUCCAUACUCGAUGGGGAGAUUAUCUACUCCAAGAACAAUGUCUGCGUCCACCCACCUGAGCUGCUGCAGGGCAUCGGGGAGCACCACCCAGGCUAUUUGUGCCUGUACAUGGAGAAGGACGAGCUGCUCGGCACCACGCUCAUCCUCGCCUGGGUCCCGAACUCACGCAUCCAGAGGCAGGAUGAAGAAGCCCUGCGCUACGUCACUCCCGAGAGCUCCCCGGUGCGCAAAGCUCCCCGCAAACGAGGCCGCCACGCUCAGGGAUUUGGUGGUGCCCAGCAGGCUUCUCCCACCGAGCCAAAAGGGGCAGUGGUCCUGAAGGAAGACAUCUUGACUGUGUCACAGCUCGUGAAGGACGGGGCUUACAUCAGUUCCCCUUCUUUGGAUGGGGAGAGGCUGUCCCAGAGCUGUGCGGCAGCAGAUGGUGCCCACCAGUCCCUGCAGCCUGCCCGCAGCGACUCAGGAAUCCUAUCGACAAUCAGCUCUCAGGACGAGCAGAACAGGUCAGAGCUGUCGGUGGAGGAAGGGCUGGACUGCAGGCCGGAGCCAGGGGAGGACGAGGGCUCCCUGGAGCUGUCUGCUGAUGAUGUGAGCAGGGACAGUACUUUUGACUCUGAUUCUGAUGCCUUCUCUUCCCCGUUCUGCCUCUCUCCCAUUAGCGAAGCCCUUGUGAAAAGCAGUAGUUCGGUAUUUCUGGAUACUGAAAGCAGGGAUGCAGGUGAUGGCUGCAGGGAUGCUGGUGACAGCCACGUGCCACGCUCCCACUGCUGCACGGGGAGCCCCAACGGCAGCACCCGGAGCCCAGAGAGCAGCAGGCAAGCACAGGGCGAGGAGCAGCAGAAGGUGGGCGCCCUGGAGCAGAUCUGCGGAGUCUUCAGAGUGGACCUGGGACAAAUGAGAUCCCUGCGCCUUUUCUUUAGCGACGAGGCGUGCACCUGUGGGCAGCUGGUAGUCGCCAGCCGGGAGAGCCAGUACAAGAUCUUCCAUUUUCACCACGGAGGCCUGGAUAAAGUGUCGGAGGUGUUCCAGCAGUGGAAGUACUGCACCGAGACCCACCUGAAGGAGCAGGUAGCGGGCAAGCAGCUCGCUGAUGAGAAGACGUGCAUGCAGUUCUCCAUCCGUCGGCCCAAGCUGCCCUCCUCGGAGACGCACCCGGAGGAGAACGCGUACCGGCGCCUCGACGUGUCGGCAUGGCUCGGCCACCUGAACCACUGCGGGCAGGUGGAGGAGGAGUACAAGCUGCAGAAGGCCAUUUUCUUCGGCGGGAUCGAUAUGUCCAUCCGCGGGGAGGUGUGGCCCUUCCUGCUGCGCUACUACAGCUACGAGUCCACCUCUGAGGAGAGGGAGGCACUGAGGGUGCAGAAGAGGAAGGAGUACUUUGAGAUCCAGGAGAAGAGGCUUUCCAUGUCUCCAGAUGAGCAGAAGGAUUUCUGGCGCAAGGUGCAGUUCACAGUAGAUAAGGACGUCGUGAGGACUGACCGCAGCAACCAGUUCUUUCGAGGGGAAAACAACCCCAAUGUGGAAACAAUGAGGAGGAUCUUGCUGAACUAUGCAGUGUUUAACCCAGCCAUCGGGUAUUCCCAAGGCAUGUCCGACCUGGUCGCCCCGAUCCUGGCAGAGGUCCUGGAUGAGUCGGAUACUUUCUGGUGCUUUGUGGGACUGAUGCAGAACACCAUCUUCAUCAGCUCACCCCGGGACGACGAUAUGGAGAAACAGCUGAUGUACCUGCGGGAGCUGCUGCGGCUCAUGCACCCGCGCUUCUACCAGCACCUUUCUGCCCUGGGAGAGGACGGCCUGCAGAUGCUCUUCUGUCACCGCUGGAUCCUCCUCUGUUUUAAACGGGAGUUCCCCGACGCCGAGGCUCUGCGCAUGUGGGAAGCGUGCUGGGCUCACUACCAGACAGACUACUUCCACCUCUUCAUCUGCGUGGCCAUCGUGGUGAUUUACGGGGAUGACGUCAUUGAACAACAGCUGGCCACCGAUCAGAUGCUGCUGCAUUUCGGCAACCUGGCUAUGCACAUGAACGGAGAACUCGUACUCAGGAAGGCGAGGAGCCUGCUCUAUCAGUUCCACCUGCUGCCCCGCAUCCCCUGCAGCCUGCACGACCUGUGCCAGCUCUGCGGGACGGGGAUGUGGGACAGCGGCUUCAUCCCCGCGGUGGAAUGCUCCGGCCACCACCCCGCGGCCGAGGGCUGCCCCUACGGGGGCCUGGCAGAGGAAUCUUCUCCCAAGCCGGGAGGCGAAGGCAGGAGAGGCACGAAAACGCGCGACGUCUUCAAUUUCCGAAAAUAGCUGGAGAGGAACAGGGCGCGGCGGAGGAAGAGGGAAGGGCAGGAAGGAUGUGCAAAGGAAAAAUGUGGAGGACAGAAAUGGAGGGGUGGCUUGUCAAGGCUCCGGAAAGGACUGGAAGGUGGAGAAUGGAAGAGGGAUGGAGUCUGGCUGCAGGAGAAUGCCACCGCACAAGCGGGGGAACCGGAGCGAAACGCACCCAACCGGGAGCAGAGUUUGCACGUGCUUGGAUUUGAUUUUCUUAGGAACACGAAGUGUUUCUAGAUCUUAACAAGGACUUUUUUACUCUGCCUCUGGGAUUGGACUGGUUAGGAACCAGAAGUUGUUCCUUGCUGAUGAGAGCCGAGUGCCCCCAGCAGCGUGUGUGGCUGGGGGGGGCAGGGCCCUGCAGCAUCCCCGCACCCCGAGCACGCAUGAAUCAACCAGAACAAUGCCGCUCAGUGGCUUCUCUUUAAAGCCACGACCAUCAUUUUAAUUAUAAUCUGCCAAAAAUAAACCUGCAGACUGUUGGGACUGCAGGGAACGUAUCUGCUUUGUUGGCGAGGAAGAGCUGGUCACCUGAAGGCCGUCUCUCGCUCUCUCUGUUUUUACAUGGCGUGCCUGCUGGCAUGGUUCUUCUCCUUUUGUACAGAGAGCGUGCAGCCACGGGUCUCAGAGCACUGCUUUCUGUAGUCAGGGUAUUUCAUAGACACCUUUUGGAGUUUACUUCUUUGUGAUAUUACAGCAAAGCUGCUGCUUUAUGCUGCCAGCCACAGACUUUAGACCCUUGUUUAUGGAAUUCUGUUGUUUCCAGUGUAUUUCCCAGUGUGUUCCCUUUGGCUCUUCCCAAUGACUGAAUAUUUUCUGUCCUUAUCUGUUUUUGCCAUAGGCACGUGGGGCGGACCCAGCACUUCUCAGCUGGUGCCACUGGUACACACUCCUCCCCAUCCUGAAAGGAAAACAAAACUUGGUUUGUUGCAGUUGUUUUUGCUGAGCUGUCUUUGGUAAACGUUUCCCUUGAAGUAUUCUUGGAAGGACAGCAUGUUUCCACUGCUGCCUUCUAUCAAAUCUGCCAACUGGAAGCGGCGCUGGGGCCUUGGGUGCAGCCGUGUUGCCAAAUACGAAACGUCCUUACCAAAUUUGCUGGCAGCCAAAGGUGCAUCCUGAGCCAAAGCUCGUGCCAAGCGGAGCCUGGGGAAAGCCUCCUCAGGAACGGACACGGAGGUGGGUGGCAGAGGGCUGUGCUGGCUUCACUGCUUCCUUCUGCCCAGCUCUGUGGCGGCACUGAGCCUGGCAGGGAGGUUGGUGCGGAGCACGGUGCUGUGCUGAGACCCACCGAGCGCGUGCUGCUUCCCCAGGGGGAGAAGUCCUGGCCCCAGGCUGCACCUCGAGGCCCCCGCAGUGCCCAUGGGGCAGCUGCAGAGGGUCCAGCACUGCUCCUGCUGCAGCAAGUAGGGGACAGUGGGAAGAGAUGAAGUCGAUCAUUUCUGGCAUUAUGUUUUCCGCCAUUGCAAUGGCGUUCGGCGAUGCGGAAAUCACUCAGGAUUUGUUUGGGGACAGACCGCGCUGCGCUUCUCCCACACAUGGCACGGCCCGAAGCAGCAGCACGGUCCAACCCUGCCUGCUGCCACCCCACGUCCCGCGGCUCAAUUCAGACCCCUGCAGCGCGGUGGCCCCGGUGUUCGCUGCUGGUGCCUCUAUUAAAUUCACACUACGUGUCCGCAGA